AUGAGACCAUGUCUAGGUAGGGUCUGGGUAAGUAAUAUCAUCAUUAUUAGGCUAGUCCUGCUGUUUUAAUAAAAAGUGAUGAGCUAUUUAAUUAGCAUGCACCCGCCUCUGUAACACAGCACUUUUGUAGUUACUCGAACUGAGGCCCUAGCUCUGUCCCAGAUCUAUUGUGCUUUUAGCCAGUUCUUCUCUUCCCACUAUUGUUGUCAUGCCAUACUACGGUCAGAUAGUUUGGCUAAAGUAGAACAUCUUGGAAAAUCUGACAAGCAGAACCAACAAAAUCUUAGUGCGUCAAUGCGAUCCCUAUUUUAACACCCGUGCAGAGAGGGCGAGAGAGUAAAGGGAGAGCUGACUAAACUGCCCAGAAUAGGAGCUAGCCUUUAUUUAACCAGGAAGUUCCGUUGAGGUCAGAAGACCUCAUUUCCAAGGGGGCUAAUAGAAACUCUGUAUGCACCCACACGAUCCAGCAGCUAACAGAAUGGAAGAGGACUGUAUGGCGAACUAGGCAUGGCGGAGAACUAGGCAUGGCGCUAGCUGAGAUUAGAUAAGAGGAAGUGCUGAAUAGUGGCCCUGCUGUUCUGCUCUGUGCUGGGUCUGUAAAGCAGUUCGUUAGCUAGCUCCCUUCCCUCAGUACGGCUGAUGGAGGCAUAAUUGAACAACCACGCUGAUUGUUAUCACACAAACACCCAGCUAACUCUAAAUUAUAUUACAGUUUCCAAUUGGAGUGCAUAAGAGGGAGAUAUCUAUUAAAAAAUGUAUAUUUUAUGUCUGUCUUCUCCAUGUGUUUUGAAGUUAACAUGGUUUAGAUGUAUUAAUCGUUCAAAAAGAGACGUUGAGAACACACUAGGCCUAUGCAUUUCAAAUUGCACAGUGGCCUAUGUUCUGAAACCAUUCUGAUUGAUAUAGUAUGUGUCUCUGACACUUGUCUUUCUGUAGCUCCAACACUACUGAAUAAGGCAGAUCAAUUUACAGUCUGUUAACAGCUAAGACACACCGUUAGUAAACAGCCAAGAGCUAGCGAUGUGUGAGAACCGCUGACUAGGCCGCUAGAGUUGCACUCUUUUGGGAAAUUAGGGCCGUGAGAAACAUGGCUGAAAAUAUUGAGAUAAAUUCCCGUAAUUUUACAACCCUAACACCGUUCAUUAUUACAUUUUACAUUUUAGUCAUUUAGCAGACGCUCUUAUCCAGAGCGACUUACAGUUAGUGAGUGCAUACAUCAUUUUUUUUUUAUACUGGCCCCCCAUGGGAAUCGAACCCACAACCCUGGCGUUGCAAACGCCAUGCUCUACCAACUGAGCUACAUCCCUGCCAACCAUUCCCUCCCUUACCCUGGACGACGCUGGGCCAAUUGUGCGCCGCCCCAUGCGUCUCCCGGUCGCGGUUGGCUACGACAGAGCCUGGAUUCGAACCAGGAUCUCUAGUGGCACAGCUAGCACAUCCUGUUGUUUUUAUAAUGACCUUGGUUAAUACGUAACGAAACGCCAAUAGGAUACUACCAUUCAGUGGCGGUAGGGCUUUAGGGGUGUUGCCCACUUGUGAUUGGUAAAAAAAAAAACGAAUACAAAUAUUUGUAUGAAAUAUAUUAUAUAAUUUAUGGAAUAAGUUUUAAAUGCUCAUAAAAGUGAUAAAUGUUUAAAUUUUCCUGUUUCAGAAAUGUAUUGUCCAAAACAAGCUGUUCAGUUACCUACUAUGCUGCCCCUCAGUGACUGCUAUGAGGGGGAACUGCCCCCAAUGAAAUCUCACAAUUUAUCCCAAUGAAAUCUCACAAUUUAUCCCAAUGAAAUCUCACAAUUUAUCCCAAUGAAAUCUCACGAUUUCAUAGCAUAAAUUAUAACGGCACAAAGUAAAUGGACUGUCCUGGGGGUGCUCAAAUGUGUGCUUAGUCAGAAUUUCGGGGUCUAACUUGUAAGUAAAUAACAGUCAUGUGAGCCUGGGACCUGAAAAAACUGGACAGCUACAUCCAAUGAGUCGAAGGACCGAGGGAUACAGUGGCUUUAACCUACUCAUCGCGGAUCUGGUAGGACAAAAAAGCCUGACUGUGGCUGGCCAAUUGGAUUGUUUUCCCCAGUGUCCCAUCAUGCUCUACUUUAGGUGACCGGUUGUGUACUCUAAAACAGCAUACAACCUGGUGUAUCACAAAGCAGGAUCAAAUUAAAUAGCCAGCUACAGUCAUUUUGAGAAACAUUUAGAAAUAGUUUUAGAAUUUCAAUUAACCAGUUAGUGCUUUCAGAAAGUAUUCACGCCUUGAUUUCUUUCCAUAUUUUGUUGUUACAGCCUGAAUUUCAAACGGAUUGAAUAACAUUCUCCCUCAUCUACACACAAUGCCCCAUAAUGACAACGAAAACCUGUUUUUUGAAAAUGUUGCUAAUUUAAUUGAAAAUGAAAUACAUUUUAGUCAUUUGGCAGAUGCUCUUAUCCAGAGCGACUUACAGUUAGUGAGUGCAUACAUUUUUAAUACUGGCCCCCCGUGGGAAACGAACCCACAACCCUGGCGUUGCAAGCGCCAUGCUCUACCAACUGAGCUACAGGGGACUACAGAAAUAUCUCAUUUAAAUAAGUAUUCACACCCCUGAGUCAAUACUUUGUAGAAGCACCUUAAGCAGCGAUACAGCUGUCUGUCUUUCUGGGUAAGCUUUCAACACCUGAAUUGUGAAACACUUGCCCAUUUUUAUUAUUUUCAAAAUUCAAAUCAAAUUUUAUUUGUCACAUGCGCCGAAUACAACCGGUGUAGACCUUACCGUGAAAUGCUUACUUACAAGCAUUUAAGCAACAAGGCAGUUUUAAGAAAAUGGAGUUAAGAAAAUAUUUACUAAAUAAACUAAAGUAAAAAAAUAAAUAAAAAAAGUAACACAAUAAAAUAACAAUAAUGAGGCUAUAUACAGGGGGUACCGGUACAGAGUCAAUGUGCGGGGUACAGGUUAGUCGAGGUAAUUUGUACAUGUACAGUUGAAGUCGGAAGUUUACAUACACAACCAGAAGUCAACCACUCCACAAAUUUCUUGUUAACAAACUAUUGUUUUGGCAAGUCGGUUAGGACAUCUACUUUGUGCAUGACACAAGUAAUCUUUCCAACAAUUGUUUACAGACAGAUUAUUUCACUUAUAAUUCACUGAAUCACAAUUCCAGUGGGUCAGAAGUUGACUGUGCCUUUAAACAGCUUGGAAAAUUCCAGAAAAUGAUAUCAUGGCUUUAGAUGCUUCUGAUAGCCUAAUUGACAUCAUUUUAGUCAAUUGGAGGUGUACCUGUGGCUGUAUUUCAAGGCCUAACUUCAAACUCAGUGCCUCUUUGCUUGACAUCAUGGGAAAAUCUAAAGAAAUCAGCCAAGACCUCAGAAAACAAUUGUAGACCUCCACAAGUCUGGUUCAUCCUUGGGAGGAAGGUACCACGUUCAUCUGUACAAACAAUAGUACACAAGUAUAAACACCAUGGGACCACGCAGCCGUCAUACCGCUCAGGAAGGAGAUGCGUUCUGUCUCCUAGAGAUGAACGUACUUUGGUGCGAAAAGUGCAAAUCAAUCCCAGAACAACAGAAAAGGACCUUGUGAAGAUGCUGGAGAAAACCGGUACAAAAUAUCUAUAUCCACAGUAAAACAAGUCCUAUAUCGACAUAACCUGAAAGGCCGCUCAGCAAGGAAGAAGCCACUGCUCCAAAACCGCCAUAAAAAAGCCAGACUACGGUUUGCAACUGCACAUGAAAUUCACUUUCAUCAGACCAGAGAAAUGUCCUCUGGUCUGAUGAAACAAAAAUAGAACUGUUUGGCCAUAAUGAACAUUGUUAUGUUUGGAGGCAAAAGGGGGGGCCUUGCAAGCCGAAGAACACCAUCCCAACCGUGAAGCAUGGGGGUGGCAGCAUCAUGCUGUGGGGGUGCUUUGCUGCAGAAGGGAUUGGUGCACUUCACAAAAUAGAUGGUAUCAUGAGGAAGGAAAUUAUGUGGAUAUAUUGAAGCAACAUCUCAAGACAUCAGUAAGGAAGUUAAAGCUUGGUUGUAAAUGGGUCUUCCAAAUGGACAAUGACCCCAAGCAUACUUCCAAAGUUGUGGCAAAAUGGCUUAAGGACAACAAAGUCAAGGUAUUGGAGUGGCCAUCAAUAAGCCCUGACCUCAAUCCUAUAGAACAUUUGUGGGCAGAACUGGAAAAGCGUGUACGAGCAAGGAGGCCUACAAACCUGACUCAGUUACACCAGCUCUGUCAGGAGGAAUGGGCUAAAAUUCACCCAACUUAUUGUGGGAAGCUUGUGGAAGGCUACCUGAAACAUUUGACCCAAGUUAAACAAUUUAAAGGCAAUGCUACCAAAUACUAAUUGAGUGUAUGUAAACUUCUGACCCACUGGGAAUGUAAUGAAAGAUAUAAAAGCUGAAAUAAAUCAUUCUCUCUACUAUUAUUCUGACAUUUCACAUUCUCCAACUCCAGUGUAGAUUUGGCCUUGUGUUUUAGGUUAUUGUCCUGCUGAAAGGUGAAUUCAUCUCACAGUGUCUGGUGGAAAGCAGACUGAAACAGGAUUUCCACUAGGAUUUUGCCUGUGCUUAGCUCCAUUCUUUUUUUUUAUCCUGAAAAACUCCCCAAUCCUUAACGAUUAACAUGACGCAGCCACCACUAUGCUUGAAGAUAUGUAGAGUGAUACUCAGUAAUGUGUUGUAUUGUAUUUGCCCCAAACAUAGCACUUUAUUCAGGACAAAAAGUUAAUUUCUUUGUUUGUAGUAUUACUUUAGUGCCUUGUUGCAAACAGGAUUCAUGUUUUGGAAUAUUUUUAUUCUGUACAGGCUUCUUUCUUUUCUCUCUGUCAAUUAGGUUAGUAUUGUGGAGUAACUACAAUGUUGUUGAUCCAUCCUCAGUUUUCUCCUAUCACAGCCAUUAAACUAUGUAACUGUUUUAAAGUCACCAUUGGCCUUAUGGUGAAAUCCCUGAGUGGUUUCCUUCCUCUCCAGCAACUGAGUUAGGAAGGACGCCUGUAUCUUUGUAGUGACUGGGUGUAAUAAUACACCAUCCAAAGUGUAAUUAAUAACUUCACCAUGCUCAAAGGGAUAUUCACUGUCUGCUUUUUUUAUUUUUUACCCAUCUACCAAUAGGUGCCCUUCUUUGUGAGGCAUUGGAAAACCUCCCUGGUCUUUAUGGUUGAAUCUGUUUUUGAAAUUCACUGCUUGACUGAGGGAUGAUACAGAUAAUUGUAUGUGUGGGGUACAGAGACGAGGUAGUCAUUCAAAAAUCAUGUUAAACACUAUUGCACACAGCGAGUCCACGCAACUUAUUAUGUGACUUGUUAAGCUAAUGUUUACUCCUGAACUUAUUUAGGCUUGCCAUAACAAAUGGGUUGAAUACAUAUUGACUCAAGACAUUUCAGAUUUUAAUUUAUAAUGAAUUUGUAAAAAAAUAAAAAUAAAUGUAAAACACAAUUCUACUUUCACGUUAUGGUGCAUUGUGUGUAGACCAGUAACAAAAUUCAGGCGGUAACACAACAAAAUGUGGAAAAAGUAAAGGGAUGUGAAUACUAUCUACCUUUGGUAAGCAGCUAGCUGGUUGAUAGCUAUAGCUAGCUAGUUAGCUCCCUGGUAGCUUGCUCCCAUGCCAAUUUCAAGACCAGCUAAACUAAUAUCUGACUAACUCGGAAAUAUGAAGUUAUUUCAGAAUAAAAGUUUAACUGGCUAGUGCAUCAUGCUUUGUGACAUUGUUAGCUAUCCCUAGUUGGAUAAUGUAUUUUCACUUAUUGCAUCUGUGUGCGUGUUGUGUUUUUCCUGGUGCAUUCAUUCGUAAACCGGCUGCUCGUUCUAAAUAGUAUAAUCUAAUCUGUUCAGAACAGUGGCAGCUGUGGUCAUUCGGUUUUUGACAUGCACAAGUAAAAUGGGUGUAUUUAUGCUGUUGUUCAAAUGCACAGAUCGCUUUAUAUAUCUUCUCCAAAAAACUACCGGUAGUUCGAAAACUUGGCAUCAUAUUUUAAUGUCAUGCUGCUUUGUUGACAACUCCAACCACCACCACCCCUCCCCGCGUCCCAGGUAUUCAGCAAAUAAGCUGCUGCCACUGCUACUAUUGUCUUAACCAAUGGGAUUUGUAGAUCAGAGGUGUGUUCUUGUGAAAUUGCAGUUUUAGCAUGCUAACGCCGCCUCUGUUUCUAAAACCUUUUGUGCCCGCUGCAUCAAGUGAACACAACCCAGUUAUUUUUGUCAUGGAUCCAUAAAUUACCUCUUCCCUUCUCUGUUCCUCUCUAUCUGUGUUCUCCCUACCAGCCGUUGUGCCAGCGUGCCCCGGUGGCCCUGAGCAGCGUGGGGGCGAGGAGGGGUCAGCAUGCGGCUACCCGUAGUGUGGAGCAGGAGGCCCCAUGGACAGGGCAGGACAGUCUGGCCCAGGACGACCCAGAGAUGUGGGACCUGCUGCGGAAAGAGAAGGACAGGCAGUGUCGGGGACUGGAGCUCAUCGCCUCUGAGGUGCAGUAAGAUGUGUGUGUGGCUGGCUGUCUGGUGCGCUGCUUGUCUUUCUGUCUGUCUGUGUUUGGCUGGCUAGCUAGCUGUCUUUCUGGCUUGCUGGUUGGCUGCCUGUCAUAAGAGAAGGCCUCAUGGCCUCUGAGGUAAGCUUUAUGUAAGUCCGUCUAGUAUGGGCAGUUGAGAAAGAGCUACUUCGGUAGGCCCAGAGUCAUACUAGGGAUGUGCAUCUCUCCUUUCAUGGAAGGUUCGAUACACAUCUAGAUACAGUGGGGGAAAAAAGUAUUUAGUCAGCCACCAAUUGUGCAAGUUCUCCCACUUAAAAAGAUGAGAGGCCUGUAAUUUUCAUCAUAGGUACACGUCAACUAUGACAGACAAAUUGAGGAAAAAAAUUCCAGAAAAUCACAUUGUAGGAUUUUUAAUGAAUUUAUUUGCAAAUGAUGGUGGAAAAUAAGUAUUUGGUCACCUACAAACAAGCAAGAUUUCUGGCUCUCACAGACCUGUAACUUCUUCUUUAAGAAGCUCCUCUGUCCUCCACUCGUUACCUGUAUUAAUGGCACCUGUUUGAACUUGUUAUCAGUAUAAAAGACACCUGUCCACAACCUCAAACAGUCACACUCCAAACUCUACUAUGGCCAAGACCAAAGAGCUGUCAAAGGACAGCAGAAACAAAAUUGUAGACCUGCACCAGGCUGGGAAGACUGAAUCUGCAAUAGGUAAGCAGCUUGGUUUGAAGAAAUCAACUGUGGGAGCAAUUAUUAGGAAAUUGAAGACAUACAAGACCACUGAUAAUCUCCCUCGAUCUGGGGCUCCACGCAAGAUCUCACCCUGUGGGGUCAAAAUGAUCACAAGAACGGUGAGCAAAAAUCCCAGAACCACACGGGGGGACCUAGUGAAUGACCUGUAGAGAGCUGGGACCAAAGUAACAAAGCCUACCAUCAGUAACACACUACGCCGCCAGGGACUCAAAUCCUGCAGUGCCAGACGUGUCCCCCUGCUUAAGCCAGUACAUGUCCAGGCCCGUCUGAAGUUUGCUAGAGUGCAUUUGGAUGAUCCAGAAGAGGAUUGGGAGAAUGUCAUAUGGUCAGAUGAAACCAAAAUAGAACUUUUUGGUAAAAACUCAACUCGUCGUGUUUGGAGGACAAAGAAUGCUGAGUUCCAUCCAAAGAACACCAUACCUACUGUGAAGCAUGGGGGUGGAAACAUCAUGCUUUGGGGCUGUUUUUCUGCAAAGGGACCAGGACAACUGAUCCGUGUAAAGGAAAGAAUGAAUGGGGCCAUGUAUCGUGAGAUUUUGAGUGAAAACCUCCUUCCAUCAGCAAGGGCAUUGAAGAUGAAACGUGGCUGGGUCUUUCAGCAUGACAAUGAUCCCAAACACACCGCCCGGGCAACGAAGGAGUGGCUUCGUAAGAAGCAUUUCAAGGUUCUGGAAUGGCCUAGCCAGUCUCCAGAUCUCAACCCCAUAGAAAAUCUUUGGAGGGAUUGAAAGUCUGUGUUGCCCAGCGACAGCCCCAAAACAUCACUGCUCUAGAGGAGAUCUGCAUGGAGGAAUGGGCCAAAAUACCAGCAACAGUGUGUGAAAACCUUGUGAAGACUUACAGAAAACGUUUGACCUGUGUCAUUGCCAACAAAGGGUAUAUAACAAAGUAUUGAGAAACUUUUGUUAUUGACCAAAUACUUAUUUUUCCACCAUAAUUUGCAAAUAAAUUCAUUAAAAAUCCUACAAUGUGAUUUUCUGGAUUUUUUUUCUUCUCAUUUUGUCUGUCAUAGUUGACGUGUACCUAUGAUGAAAAUUACAGGCCUCUCUCAUCUUUUUAAGUGGGAGAACUUGCACAAUUGGUGGCUGACUAAAUACUUUUUCCCCCCACUGUAUUAGAGCAGGGAUAGGCCUACCUCUCAUUGCCCUGAGCAGCUGUGUCUCCCGCACUGUGCGCCCAGUUAUCGGACAGUCAAAUGCAUAAAAACUCGAUAGGCUACUGAACUGAAGGAGAGGACACAUCAAUUCAGUCAACAGAUAACUUGACUUUUUCCACAUUUUGUUACGUUACAGCCUUAUUCUAAAAUUGAUUAAAUCAUUUUUUUCCCAUCAUCAAUCUACACACAAUACCCCAUAAUGACAAAGGAAAAACUGGUUAUUAGAAAUAAAAAAUGGAAAUAUCACAUUUACAUAAGUGUUCAGACAUUUUACUCAGUACUUUAUUGAAACGCCUUUGGCAGUGAUUACAGCCUGGAGUCUUCUUGGGUAUGACGCUACAAGCUUGGCACACCUGUAUUUGGGGAGUUUCUCCCAUUUUUUUUCUCUGCAGAUCCUUUCAAGCUCUGUCAGGUUGGAUGGGGAGUGUCGCUGCACAGCUAUUUUCAGGUCUCUCCAGAGAUGUUCGAUCGGGUUCAAGUCCGGGCCCUGGCUGGGCCACUCAAGGACAUUCAGAGACUUGUCGCGAAGCUACUCCUGCGUUGUCUUGGCUGUGUGCUUAGGGUCGUUGUCCUGUUGGAAGGUGAACCUUCGUCUCAGUCUGAGGUCCUGAGUGCUCUGGAGCAGGUUUCCUCCGAGCAGGUUUCCUCCAGACGUGACGCUUGGCAUUUAGGCCAAAGAGUUCAAUCUUGGUUUCAUCAGACCAGAGGAUCUUGUUUCUCAUGGUCUGAGAUUCCUUUAGGUGCCUUUUGGCAAACUCCAAGUGGGCUGUCAUGUGCUUUUUACUGAGGAGUGGCUUCCGUCUGGCCACUCUACCAUACAGGCCUGAUUGGUGGAGUGCUGCAGAGAUGGUUGUCCUUCUGGAAGGUUCUUCCAUCUCCACAGAGGAGCUCUGUCGGAGUGACCAUCGGGUUCUUGGUCACCUCCCUGACCAAGGCCCUUCUACCCCAACUUCUCAGUUUGGCCAGGCGGCCAGCUCUAUGAAGAGUCUUGGUGGUUCCAAACAUCUUCCAUUUAAGAAUGAUGGAGGCCACUGUGUUCUGGAAUUAAACCUGUUCGCUUUGUCAUUAUGGGGUAUUGUGUGUAGAUUGAGGGGGAAAAAUUGAAUUUAAUCCAUUUUAGAAUAAAGCUGUAAGGUAACAAAAUGUGGAAGAAGUCAAGGGGUCUGAAUACUUUCCGAAUGCACUGUAUAUAUUAGUUAGACCUAAUCAACACACUCACUCUCUGACCUCACUCGGUCAGUCACUCACCGUACACAAGGGGAGUGUCAUCAGGUCAAUCAAUACAUCUUUUGGUUUCAAUCCCAUAAACAAGUGGUGUUUUACUAUUCAAAUAAAGACACACCGGUCCUUUAUUCAGUGUUGAUCCCCUGGUCUUCCUCCCUCCUUAUCAACCCUCCUUUCUCUCUGUCUCUGUCUCUCUGUCUCUGUCUCUCUCUCUCUCUGUCUGUCUCUCUCUGUCUGUCUGUCUCUCUCUCUCUCUCAGCUCAGUGGAAUAGAUCAGCCGCCUCUCAACACAAAGCAGCCCACUGUAGUGUGAGAUAAAGCUGAUAUCUUCAUACCACCCCCUUCUCUCCUCGCAAAACACAAACGCACACCCUCCCCUCCUCUCUGCAGGCAGGCUACAGCAAAGGCCUCCUGCUUGACGUUCCACUAGCUCGGCCUGGUUGUUUUUUAAGAGGAAAACACACAGGCAGCGAUUUGCAUUUCCAAGUCUAAUGUGAAGUGCUUUCUCAGUGUGGCACACAGCAGAAAGCUGUGUGUGUGUGUGUAAGCUGUUAUCUCUCCUCACCUCCUCCUCAGUGGAGGUGACGUCUGAGAGGCAUUAGCAUACAACUCUGUAGGGAGGCCCCCCGUGCUGUGUGUGACUGUAGCAGCAUUUGUGACGCGGCCUGACACCUGACAGGCGCUGUGAUAAUCUGAGCUGAGGAGUCCAGAUGCCACACUGAGGUGUCAAUCCCCUGUCACCUUUCUCUCACUGACACUGUCCAGUAGUGGUUACAGACAGUCCCUUCCCUCUCCAUGGGUGGGUCUGACACUACUUAUGGUUGUUAUAGCAGGGCACCUAAACUGUCCUUAGAAACACUGUAACAUCCAGGCUCUCUGCCACCUAAGCUGUCAAAUGGACUAAGACGCUCUUAGUUGGUGGCAACAGAGUUGGGACUAUUUUAGGGCUAACCCCAUUUAGUCGACUGGUCCAUUGUUUGGUCGAUAGGCUGUUGGUCGACUGAGAUUUAUUUAGUUGAGCAGUAGCACAAAAAAAUUGAAUCAUGGUGUUCAAGACACCUGUCUGAUUUUAGCUCCUGUCUGAGUGGACUGAUCCACUGUGGAGGCCGUGGGGAUGGGGCAGUCCAUCACUCAAAAACGUGCUACUGAAAUUGUAUAUGGUUAUGUUAUUUAAGAAUAAUGGUGCAACACUAAUACAAAUUAAUAUUUUCUAACAAAUGCGCUUUCGACCGCGUUGGAUAGCUGUCGCUGUCCGUGGCUCUGAAACACAUCAGUGAGUUGUUUAAUUUGCCGCCUUUUUCUAGACCAUGUUGCUAUGCGCAUAAUAGCACAUUUAACCAGCAUAUUGGUGUUGAGAACAAUGCGGCGGAAACAGCAGCGAAGGUAGGAGACGAGAAAACAGCCCUUGCCUUAAUUGUUUAAGAAAAGUGAGGAGAGCGGAAACCCCAACUUUUAAUUAGGUCUAUAAUCAAUAGCCUAACUGUUAAAUGUGCCUGUCUUUAUAGAUCAAAUACUUUGCCUUCGGAAAGUAUUCAGACCCCUUGACCUUUUCCACAUUUUGUUACGUUACAGCCUUAUUCUAAACUUCUGUUCUGUUGAAAUUGUUAAAAGUAGUCGUUGUGCGUAGAGUCUCCAUGUCGCUCAAUUACCAUGGAAUUGCCCUGCUGUUAUCAGAAUUUCUGCAGAGCGUAUCGCCGUAGGAUUGCAUUGACCGGCAGAGCGGUCUUUCAGUCAUCCCGGCUGCGAGAUGCACUAGUGAGAUCAAAGAGCAGAUCCACAUUUAGCCGCGUGCGCACAUUUUGUUGAUAUUGCUUGUUAAUUAGUGAAUUAUUUGCACAGUUAUAGCACAUUUUUGGUCAGCAAACAGGCUUCGUACGGUCAUGAAAAUCCUGGAAAAUGUAAAUGUGAUAAUUCAGUUUUGUAUUUUUUGAUAAAUUAGCAAAUAUUUAUAAGCCUGUGUUUCCUUUGUCAUUAUGGGGUAUUGUGUGUAGAUUGAUGAAGGGGGGGGGGGGGACAAUUUAAUCAAUUUUAGAAUAAGUCUGUAACCUAACAAAAUGUCGAGGGGUCUGAAUACUUUCCGACUGCACUGUAUAUCUACAGAAAUAAGACGGAUCCUGAUUCUGUUGCCUGUUUGAGUGUUUGUUAAUAACCUACUGAUUCCUUGGAGCACCAAACCUCACGUGGCCACAACAUGUCGGAUAAACAAUUUCACAAAUGUGGCUGUUUUUUAUAUUUUGCUAUUCCGUAAUAAAGGCUUUACACUUUUUUUUUGUUUUAAGUUCAACAGCCUCUCUGGUAUUAUUUAUAAUUUAUUUAGUGUUUACACUGUUCCAAAUUGUCAAAAAUUAUAUUUAUAAUAACCCUCUUUUUCUUGAUAUACUUAUUGUUAUUAUUAUGAUCAUAAUAAUAAGUAAUGUAAUUAUCAUUAGUAGGCUUAGUAUAGAAGCCUUGUAUAACCACCAUCGAGCUGUAGGCCUAAGAGCUCAUCCUGUUUAGCCUUAAUACCGUAACUUACUUAGGCCUAUAUUUCAAUACUUAUAUAGGCUACUGUGUCAAUCAUUCAUUCGUUCAUGUCAUCACACAGCAUACGAGUCAUUCAUGAUUUGAAAUGCGAUCAAGGAUUUUAGUUUUUAAAUAAAAUCACAAAGCGACCCUUGAAUCAUUUAGUGUAAACAAUAAAUAAACCGUUCCAUUUCGGAAAUUGGAUUCACUAAUGAAUGCGACUGUUUUUAGUCUUUAAUAAAGGCUUUACCAUUGCUUUUUACAACACACACUCUGGUACAUUUUAUAGUUGAUUUAGUCUUUUUACAUUUGUUCCAAACGGUCAGAAAAAUAUUGUAAUCUAACAGCACCUGUUUGGCGUAACAUAAUAUGAUGCCAAACAGGUGUGUGUAUAUAUAAAUAUCCUACCUUUAUUUUUCUUGAUCUCCAGUAUUUUCCACAACUAGUCACAUCUAUUCCACACAUCUGACUUCCCCUUUACCUCCUGAACAACCAGUAAACAUGACCCAGUUUCGAGUUCACGUCCUCUGCAUCCAUUUUGCUGUCACAUGUUAGUGUUCUCCUAAUCACUUUUAAGUUUUUUGAAUUUGCCUUGGCAUGUUCCAUCUGUCUCCUGCAUUGAUCUGAUCCUGAUGUGCAGCUUCUGGUUUGCCUCUCCUCUCCAGAACUUCUGCAGUCGAGCUGCCCUGGAGGCCCAAGGAUCCUGCCUCAAUAACAAGUACUCAGAGGGCUACCCAGGCAGGAGGUAAGGCUACUACUUAACAAUGUCCAUACUAGGCUAGCGCACACCUAGGCACCUUUUCCUUUUUCACCCAAUUCCCCAGAACAGUUUUAAUCAGUAUUAGGAUUAUAAUUCCUGCGUUGGCAAUUAGGCACAGCUAUUGUUCUGACCCAUUUUUAUUUAUGGCACUCAACGGAAAGUGGAUGAGUGUUUCUAAUCGGACAAGUACCGGUAGAUCCUCCUUGUUUCAGUCUGUUUUCUUCUGUUGUGUGAUCUAAUGAACAUGGCCCUGUUCUCACUAUAGUGGAGCUGAGGGGGGUUAGUAGAUGGUGUUAACCCUCUCCUCUAGGUAUUAUGGUGGAGCUGAGGGGGUUAGUAGAUGGUGUUAACCCUCUCCUCUAGGUACUAUGGUGGAGCUGAGGGGGGUUAGUAGAUGGUGUUAACCCUCUCCUCUAGGUAUUAUGGUGGAGCUGAGGGGGGUUAGUAGAUGGUGUUAACCCUCUCCUCUAGGUACUAUGGUGGAGCUGAGGGGGUUAGUAGAUGGUGUUAACCCUCUCCUGGGUACUAUGGUGUAGCUGAGGGGGGUUAGUAGAUGGUGUUAACCCUCUCCUCUCCUCUAGGUACUAUGGUGGAGCUGAGGGGGGUUAGUAGAUGGUGUUAACCCUCUCCUCUCCUCUAGGUACUAUGGUGGAGCUGAGGGGGUUAGUAGAUGGUGUUAACCCUCUCCUAGGUAUUAUGGUGGAGCUGAGGGGGGUUAGUAGAUGGUGUUAACCCUCUCCUCUCCUCUAGGUAUUAUGGUGGAGCUGAGGGGGGUUAGUAGAUGGUGUUAACCCUCUCCUCUCCUCUAGGUAUUAUGGUGGAGCUGAGGGGGGUUAGUAGAUGGUGUUAACCCUCUCCUAGGUACUAUGGUGGAGCUGAGGGGGUUUAGUAGAUGGUGUUAACCCUCUCCUCUAGGUACUAUGGUGGAGCUGAGGGGGUUUAGUAGAUGGUGUUAACCCUCUCCUGGGUACUAUGGUGGAGCUGAGGGGGGUUAGUAGAUGGUGUUAACCCUCUCCUCUCCUCCAGGUACUAUGGUGGAGCUGAGGGGGUUUAGUAGAUGGUGUUAACCCUCUCCUCUAGGUACUAUGGUGGAGCUGAGGGGGGUUUAGUAGAUGGUGUUAACCCUCUCCUCUAGGUACUAUGGUGGAGCUGAGGGGGGUUAGUAGAUGGUGUUAACCCUCUCCUCUCCUCUAGGUACUAUGGUGGAGCUGAGGGGGGUUAGUAGAUGGUGUUAACCCUCUCCUCUAGGUACUAUGGUGGAGCUGAGGGGGGUUUAGUAGAUGGUGUUAACCCUCUCCUCUAGGUACUAUGGUGGAGCUGAGGGGGGUUAGUAGAUGGUGUUAACCCUCUCCUCUCCUCUAGGUACUAUGGUGGAGCUGAGGGGGGUUAGUAGAUGGUGUUAACCCUCUCCUCUAGGUACUAUGGUGGAGCUGAGGGGGGUUUAGUAGAUGGUGUUAACCCUCUCCUCUAGGUACUAUGGUGGAGCUGAGGGGGUUAGUAGAUGGUGUUAACCCUCUCCUCUCCUCCAGGUACUAUGGUGGAGCUGAGGGGGUUUAGUAGAUGGUGUUAACCCUCUCCUCUCCUCUAGGUACUAUGGUGGAGCUGAGGGGGUUUAGUAGAUGGUGUUAACCCUCUCCUCUAGGUACUAUGGUGGAGCUGAGGGGGGUUAGUAGAUGGUGUUAACCCUCUCCUCUAGGUAUUAUGGUGGAGCUGAGGGGGGUUAGUAGAUGGUGUUAACCCUCUCCUCUAGGUAUUAUGGUGGAGCUGAGGGGGGUUAGUAGAUGGUGUUAACCCUCUCCUCUAGGUAUUAUGGUGGAGCUGAGGGGGGUUAGUAGAUGGUGUUAACCCUCUCCUCUAGGUAUUAUGGUGGAGCUGAGGGGGGUUAGUAGAUGGUGUUAACCCUCUCCUCUAGGUAUUAUGGUGGAGCUGAGGGGGGUUAGUAGAUGGUGUUAACCCUCUCCUCCAGGUACUAUGGUGGAGCUGAGGGGGUUUAGUAGAUGGUGUUAACCCUCUCCUAGGUAUUAUGGUGGAGCUGAGGGGGGUUAGUAGAUGGUGUUAACCCUCUCCUCUAGGUACUAUGGUGGAGCUGAGGGGGGUUAGUAGAUGGUGUUAACCCUCUCCACUCCUCUAGGUACUAUGGUGGAGCUGAGGGGGGUUAGUAGAUGGUGUUAACCCUCUCCUCUCCUCUAGGUACUAUGGUGGAGCUGAGGGGGGUUAGUAGAUGGUGUUAACCCUCUCCUAGGUAUUAUGGUGGAGCUGAGGGGGUUUAGUAGAUGGUGUUAACCCUCUCCUCUAGGUACUAUGGUGGAGCUGAGGGGGGUUUAGUAGAUGGUGUUAACCCUCUCCUCUAGGUACUAUGGUGGAGCUGAGGGGGUUUAGUAGAUGGUGUUAACCCUCUCCUGGGUAUUAUGGUGGAGCUGAGGGGGGUUAGUAGAUGGUGUUAACCCUCUCCUCUCCUCUAGGUACUAUGGUGGAGCUGAGGGGGUUUAGUAGAUGGUGUUAACCCUCUCCUCUAGGUACUAUGGUGGAGCUGAGGGGGGUUUAGUAGAUGGUGUUAACCCUCUCCUCUAGGUACUAUGGUGGAGCUGAGGGGGGUUAGUAGAUGGUGUUAACCCUCUCCUCUCCUCUAGGUACUAUGGUGGAGCUGAGGGGGGUUAGUAGAUGGUGUUAACCCUCUCCUCUAGGUACUAUGGUGGAGCUGAGGGGGGUUAGUAGAUGGUGUUAACCCUCUCCUCUAGGUACUAUGGUGGAGCUGAGGGGGGUUUAGUAGAUGGUGUUAACCCUCUCCUCUAGGUACUAUGGUGGAGCUGAGGGGGUUAGUAGAUGGUGUUAACCCUCUCCUCUCCUCCAGGUACUAUGGUGGAGCUGAGGGGGGUUAGUAGAUGGUGUUAACCCUCUCCUCUAGGUACUAUGGUGGAGCUGAGGGGGGUUAGUAGAUGGUGUUAACCCUCUCCUCUAGGUAUUUUGGUGGAGCUGAGGGGGGUUAGUAGAUGGUGUUAACCCUCUCCUCCAGGUAUUUUGGUGGAGCUGAGGGGGGUUAGUAGAUGGUGUUAACCCUCUCCUCUAGGUACUAUGGUGUAGCUGAGGGGGGUUAGUAGAUGGUGUUAACCCUCUCCUCUCCUCUAGGUACUAUGGUGGAGCUGAGGGGGUUAGUAGAUGGUGUUAACCCUCUCCUCUAGGUACUAUGGUGGAGCUGAGGGGGGUUAGUAGAUGGUGUUAACCCUCUCCUCUCCUCCAGGUAUUAUGGUGGAGCUGAGGGGGGUUAGUAGGUGGUGUUAACCCUCUCCUAGGUACUAUGGUGGAGCUGAGGGGGUUUAGUAGAUGGUGUUAACCCUCUCCUCUCCUCUAGGUAUUAUGGUGGAGCUGAGGGGGGUUAGUAGAUGGUGUUAACCCUCUCCUAGGUACUAUGGUGGAGCUGAGGGGGUUUAGUAGAUGGUGUUAACCCUCUCCUCUCCUCUAGGUAUUAUGGUGGAGCUGAGGGGGUUUAGUAGAUGGUGUUAACCCUCUCCUAGGUACUAUGGUGGAGCUGAGGGGGGUUAGUAGAUGGUGUUAACCCUCUCCUCUAGGUAUUAUGGUGGAGCUGAGGGGGGUUAGUAGAUGGUGUUAACCCUCUCCUCUAGGUACUAUGGUGGAGCUGAGGGGGGUUAGUAGAUGGUGUUAACCCUCUCCUAGGUAUUAUGGUGGAGCUGAGGGGGGUUAGUAGAUGGUGUUAACCCUCUCCUAGGUAUUAUGGUGGAGCUGAGGGGGUUAGUAGAUGGUGUUAACCCUCUCCUCCAGGUACUAUGGUGGAGCUGAGGGGGGUUAGUAGAUGGUGUUAACCCUCUCCUCUAGGUAUUAUGGUGGAGCUGAGGGGGUUAGUAGAUGGUGUUAACCCUCUCCUGGGUACUAUGGUGGAGCUGAGGGGGUUAGUAGAUGGUGUUAACCCUCUCCUCUAGGUACUAUGGUGGAGCUGAGGGGGUUUAGUAGAUGGUGUUAACCCUCUCCUCUAGGUAUUAUGGUGGAGCUGAGGGGGGUUUAGUAGAUGGUGUUAACCCUCUCCUGGGUAUUAUGGUGGAGCUGAGGGGGGUUUAGUAGAUGGUGUUAACCCUCUCCUGGGUAUUAUGGUGGAGCUGAGGGGGGUUAGUAGAUGGUGUUAACCCUCUCCUCUCCUCUAGGUACUAUGGUGGAGCUGAGGGGGUUUAGUACAGUGCAUUUGGGAAGUAUACAGCUCCCUUGACCUUUUCCACAUUUUGUUACGUUACAGCCUUAUUAAAAAAAAAAAAUUGUUUAUCCUCAAUCGACACACAAUACCCCAUAAUGACAAAACAAAAAAAGUUUUUUUAGAAAUGUUUGCAAAUGAAAUAUCACAUUUACAUACACUACCUGUCAAGUUUUAGAACUCCUACUCAUUCAAGGGUUUUUCUUUAUAUUUACUAUUUUUUACAUUGUAGGAUAAUAGUGAAGACAGCAAAACUAUGAGAUAACCAAUCAGUUGUGUUGUGACAAGGUAGGGGUGGUAUACAGAAGAUAGCCCUAUUUGGGAAAAUACCAAAUCCAUAUUAUGGCAAGAACAGCUCAAAAUAAGCAAAGAGAAACAACAGUCCAUCAUUACUUUAAGACAUGGUCCAUCAAUACGGAACAUUUCAAGAACUUUGAAAGUUUCUUCAAGUGCCGUCGCAAAAACCAUCAAGCGCUAUGACACAACUGGCUCUCAUGAGGACCGCAACGGGAAUGGAAGAUCCAGAGUUACCUCUGCUGCAGAGGAUAUGUUUAUUAGAGUUACCAGCCUCAGAAAUUGCAGCCCAAAUAAAUGCUUCAGAGUUCAAUUAACGGACACAUCGCAACAUCAACUGUUCAGAGGAGACUGUGUGAAUCAGGCCUUCAUGGUCAAAUUGUUGCAAAGAAACCACUACUAAAGGACACCAAUAAUUAGAAGAGACUUGCUUGGGCCAAGAAACAUGAGCAAUGGACAUUAGACCGGUGGAAAUGUGUCCUUUAGUCUGGAUUCCAAAUUGGAGAUUUUUCAUUCCAACCGCCGUGUCUUUGUGAGACACGGUGUGGGUGAACGUAUGAUCCCUGCAUGUGUAUUUCACACCGUAAAGCAUGGAGGUGUUAUGGUCUGGGGGUGCUUUGCAGGUGACACUGUCUGAUUUUAUUUAGAAUUCAAGGCACACUUAACCAGCAUGGCUACCACAGCAUUCUGCAGCGAUACGCAAUCCCAUCUGGUUUGGGCUUAGUUGGACUAUCAUUUGUUUUUCAACAGGACAAUGACCCAACACACCUCCAGGCUGUGUAAGGGCUAUUUUACCAAGAAGGGGAGUGAUGGAGUGCUGCAUCAGAUGACCUGGCCUCCACAAUCCCUCGAACUCAACCCAAUUGAGAUGGUUUGGGAUGAGUUGGACGGCAGAGUGAAGGAAAAGCAGCCAACUAGUGCUCAGCAUAUGUGGGAACUCCUUCAAGACUUUUGAAAAAGCAUUCCAGGUGAAGCUGGUUGAGAGAAUGCCAAGAGUGUGCAAAGCUGUCAUCAAGGCAAAGGGUGGCUGUUUGAAGCAUCUCAAAUAUAACAUAUAUUUUGAUAUGUUUAAUGCUUUUUUGGUUACUACAUGAUUCCAUAUGUGUUAUUCUACAAUGUAGAAAAUAGUAAAAUAAAGAAAAACCCUUGAAUGUGUAAUACACUUUUUGACAGGUAGUGUAAGUAUUCAGACCCUUGACUCAGUACUUUGUUGAAGAACCUUUGGCAGCGUUUACAGCCUGGAGUCUUCUUGGGUAUGACGCUACAAGCUUGGCACACUUGUAUUUGGGUAGUUUCUCCCAUUCUUCUCUGCAGAUCCUCUCAAGCUCUGUCAGGUUGGAUGGGGAGCGUCGCUGCACAGGUAUUUUCAGGUCUCUCCAGAGAUGUUCGAUAGGGUUCAAGUCCAGGCUCUGGCUGGGCCACUCAAGGACAUUCAGAGAAUUGUCCCGAAACCACUCCUGCAUUGUCUUGGCUGUGUGCUUACGGUCGUUGUCCUAUUGGAAGGGGAACCUUCACCCCAGUCUGAGGUCCUGAGCACUCUGGAGCAGGUUUUCAUCAAGGAUCUCUCUGUACUUUGCUCCAUUCAUCUUUCCCUCGAUCCUGACUAGUCUCACAGUCCCUGCCGCUGAAAAACAUCCUCACAGCAUGAUUCUGCCACCACCAUGCUUCACCGUAGGGAUGGUGCCAGGUUUCCUCCAGACGUGACGCUUGGCAUUCAGGCCAAAGAGUUCAAUCUUGGUUUCAUCAGACCAGAGGAUCUUGUUUCUCAUGGUCUGAGAGUCCUUUAGGUGCCUUUUGGCAAACUCCAAACAGGCUGUCAUGUGCCUUUUACUGAGGAGUGGCUUCCGUCUGGCCACUCUACCAUAAAGGCCUGGUUGGUGGAGUGCUGCAGAGAUGGUUGUCCUUCUGGAAGUUUCUUCCAUCUCCACAGAGGAGCUCUGGAGCUCUGUCAGAGUGACCAUCGGGUUCUUGGUCACCUCCCUAACAAAGGUCCUUCUCCCCCGAUUGCUCAGUUUGGCUGGGCGGCCAACUCUAGGAAGAGUCUUGGUGGUUCCAAACAUCUUCCAUUUAAGAAUGAUGGAGGGCACUGUGUUCUUGGGGACCUUCAAUGCUGCAGACAUUUUUUGGUACCCUUCCCCAGGUCUGUGCCUCGACACAAUCCUGUCUCGGAGCUCUACGGACAAUUCCUUCGACCUAAUUUCUUGGUUUUUGCUCUGACAUGCACUGUGAACUGUGGGACCUUAUAAAGACAGGUAUGUGCCUUUCCAAAUCUUGUCCAAUCAACGUCAUUUACCAAUGGAAACAGGAUGCACCUGAGCUCAAUUUCGAGUCACAUAGCAAAGGGUCUGAAUACUUAUGUAAAUAAGGUAUUUCUGUUUUUUUAUUUUUAAUACAGGUAUUUUGGUGGAGCUGAGGGAGUUUAGUAGAUGGUGUUAACCCUCUCCUCUCCUCUAGGUACUAUGGUGGAGCUGAGGGGGGUUAGUAGAUAGUGUUAACCCUCUCCUCUCCUCUAUGUAUUAUGGUGGAGCUGAGGGAGUUUAGUAGAUGGUGUUAACCCUCUCCUCUAGGUACUAUGGUGGAGCUGAGGGGGGUUAGUAGAUGGUGUUAACCCUCUCCUAGGUACUAUGGUGUAGCUGAGGGGGGUUAGUAGAUGGUGUUAACCCUCUCCUCUAGGUACUAUGGUGUAGCUGAGGGGGGUUAGUAGAUGGUGUUAACCCUCUCCUCUAGGUACUAUGGUGGAGCUGAGGGGGGUUAGUAGAUGGUGUUAACCCUCUCCUCUCCUCUAGGUAUUAUGGUGGAGCUGAGGGGGGUUAGUAGAUAGUGUUAACCCUCUCCUCUCCUCUAUGUAUUAUGGUGGAGCUGAGGGAGUUUAGUAGAUGGUGUUAACCCUCUCCUCUCCUCUAUGUAUUAUGGUGGAGCUGAGGGGGUUUAGUAGAUGGUGUUAACCCUCUCCUCUAGGUACUAUGGUGGAGCUGAGGGGGGUUAGUAGAUGGUGUUAACCCUCUCCUAGGUACUAUGGUGUAGCUGAGGGGGGUUAGUAGAUGGUGUUAACCCUCUCCUCUAGGUACUAUGGUGUAGCUGAGGGGGGUUAGUAGAUGGUGUUAACCCUCUCCUCUAGGUACUAUGGUGGAGCUGAGGGGGGUUAGUAGAUGGUGUUAACCCUCUCCUCUCCUCUAGGUACUAUGGUGUAGCUGAGGGGGGUUAGUAGAUGGUGUUAACCCUCUCCUCCAGGUACUAUGGUGGAGCUGAGGGGGUAGUAGAUGGUGUUAACCCUCUCCUCUAGGUAUUAUGGUGGAGCUGAGGGGGGUUAGUAGAUGGUGUUAACCCUCUCCUCUAGGUACUAUGGUGGAGCUGAGGGGGGUUAGUAGAUGGUGUUAACCCUCUCCUCUAGGUACUAUGGUGGAGCUGAGGGGGGUUAGUAGAUGGUGUUAACCCUCUCCUCUCCUCUAGGUACUAUGGUGGAGCUGAGGGGGGUUAGUAGAUGGUGUUAACCCUCUCCUCUAGGUACUAUGGUGGAGCUGAGGGGGGUUAGUAGAUGGUGUUAACCCUCUCCUCUCCUCCAGGUACUAUGGUGGAGCUGAGGGGGGUUAGUAGAUGGUGUUAACCCUCUCCUCUCCUCUAGGUAUUAUGGUGGAGCUGAGGGGGUUUAGUAGAUGGUGUUAACCCUCUCCUCUCCUCUAGGUACUAUGGUGGAGCUGAGGGGGGUUAGUAGAUGGUGUUAACCCUCUCCUCUCCUCUAGGUACUAUGGUGGAGCUGAGGGGGGUUAGUAGAUGGUGUUAACCCUCUCCUCUCCUCUAGGUACUAUGGUGGAGCUGAGGGGGGUUAGUAGAUGGUGUUAACCCUCUCCUCUCCUCUAGGUACUAUGGUGGAGCUGAGGUGGUGGACCAGAUAGAGUUGUUGUGCCAGAAGAGAGCCUUGGAGGCCUUUGACCUGGACCCUGCCCUGUGGGGGGUGAACGUCCAGCCCUACUCUGGCUCUCCCGCAAACUUUGCUGCCUACACCGCCGUCCUCAACCCUCAUGACCGCAUCAUGGGCCUAGACCUGCCUGACGGUGGACAGUAUGUAGCUGUCUUCCUCUCUCUUUCUGUCUAUUCAUCUCUCGUUAUCUCUCACUGUCUCUCUCACUGUCUCUCUCACUGUCUCUCUCACUGUCCCCUUGUCUCUCUCUGUUUCUCUCACUUUCUCUGUCUCAAUCUCUAUCUUGAUUUCUCUCCCUCACCAAGUCACGGACUACCAGUCCCUCACUCACUCACCUUUUACUGUCAUAGUGUGCACCAUAUUUUUGCAAGGUGUUGUCUUGUUAAUUCGAACUUAUAUUGAGGAAAAAUAUUAAUUAGAUUAUGUUUAUUGUAAGUAACUUAUAUACGGUUAUCUUACCAAGCAGGCUGACUGUAAAUCACUGUAGAUAAGAGCGUCUGCUAAAUGACCAAAGGGUAAUGUAAAUGUAUAUUGAAUAACAUAAAUAUUGUCAUGUUGCCUAACAUGCUGUUGUUGUUGUUGUUGUCCUUCUGCAGUCUGACCCAUGGUUAUAUGUCUGACACCAAGAGGAUCUCUGCUACCUCCAUCUAUUUUGAAUCCAUGCCCUACAAGCUCAAUGUAAGUAGAGCCACACUCCACUCCUUCCAGGUCCCUCUCUCCUUGUCUCCUCAAAACCCAUUGGAGGAGAAGGUCUGAGGGGAGGGACCUUUUGAUCUUCUCCUCCACCAAUACGUUUUGAGAAAGAGCAAUCAAGGAAAGACCAGUUCGGAGCCAUAUAGUAACCCUGUCCAGUGUCCACACCCUAUGAUCUAGACACCAUGCCACCCUCACUUGUCUGCUAGUGGGGAACAUUCUUCCCCUUACCUCUCCUCAUCUGUAGUGACAGUAGCUACUAUAAACGCUACUCAUCACUAAUGCAAUGAAAGAAAAUGGAUUCGAAUACAUUUACAUUUACAUUUAAGUCAUUUAGCAGAUGCUCUUAUCCAGAGCGACUUACAAAUUGGGUCAUUCAACUUAGGAUAGCCAAUGGGACAACCACCACUGGGUGGGGGGGUGUAGAAGGAUUACUGUUAUACUAUUCCAGGUAUUCCUUAAAGAGGUAGGGCUUCAAGUGUCUCCGGAAGGUGGUCAGUGACUCCGCUGUCCUGGCGUCGUGGGGGAGCUUGUUCCACCAUUGGGGUGCCAGAGCAGCGAAUAGCUUUGACUGGGCUGAGCGGGAACUGUGCUUCCGUAGAGGUAGGGGGGCUAGCAGGCCAGAGGUGGAUGAACGUAGUGCCCUCGUUUGGGUGUAGGGUCUGAUCAGAGCCUGAAGGGAAGGAAGUGACGUUCCCCUCACAGCUCCGUAGGCAAGCACCAUGGUCUUGUAACAGAUGCGAGCUUCAACUGGAAGCCAGUGGAGUGUGCGGAGGAGUGGGGUGACAUGAGAGAACUUGGGAAGGUUGAACACCAGAUGGCUGCAGCGUUCUGGAUGAGUUGUAGGGGUUUAAUGGCACAGGCAGGGAGCCCAGCCAACAGCGAGUUGCAGUAAUCCAGAUGGGAGAUGACAAGUGCCUGGAUUAGGACCUGUGCCGCUUUCUGUGUAAGGUAGGGUCGUACUCUGCGAAUGUUGUAGAGCAUGAACCUGCAGGAUCGGGUCACCGCUUUGAUGUUAGCGGAGAACGACAGGGUGUUGUCCAGGGUCACGCCAAGGUUCCUUGCACUCUGGGAGGAGGACACAAUGGAGUUGUCAACCGUGAUGGCGAGACAGUCCUUCCCCGGGAGGAAGAGCAGCUCCGUCUUGCCGAGGUUCAGCUUGAGGUGGUGAUCCGACAUCCACACUGAUAUGUCCGCCAGAGAUGCGAUUCGCCAACUGGUUAUCAGAAUAAUUAAUUGUGUGUCGUCUGCGUAGCAAUGAUAGGAGAGACGAUGUGAGGAUAUGACAGAGCCAAGUGACUUGGUGUAUAGAGAGAAUAGGAGAGGGCCUAGAACUGAGUCCUCAAGGACACCAGUGGUGAGAGCACAUGGUGAUGAGACAGAUUCUCGCCACGCAACCUGGUAGGAGCAACCUGUCAGGUAGGACGCAAUCCAAGAGUGAGCAGGGCCGGAGAUUCCCAACUCGGAGAGGGUGGAGAGCAGGAUCUGAUGGUUCACAGUAUCAAAGGCAGCAGACAGGUCUAGAAGGACAAGAGCAGAGGAGAGAGAGUUAGCUUUAGCAGUGCGGAGAGCCUCCGUGACACAGAGAAGAGAGUCUCAGUUGAAUGACCAGUCUUGAAACCUGACUGGUUUGGAUCAAGAAGGUCAUUCUGCGAGAGAUAGCAGGAGAGUUGGCUAGACACGGCACGCUCAAGAGUUUUGGAGAGAAAAGAAAGAAGGGAUACUGGUCUGUAGUUGUUGACAUCGGAGGGAUCGAGUGUAGGUUUUUUGAGGAGGGGUGCAACUCUCGCUGUCUUGAAGACGGAAGGGACAUAGCCAGCGGUCAAGAAUGAGUUGAUGAGCGAGGUGAGGUAAGGGAGAAGGUCUCCGGAAAUGGUCUGGAGAAGAGAGGAGGGGAUAGGGUCAAGCGGGCAGGUUGUUGGGCGGCCGGCCGUCACAAGUUGCAAGAUUUCAUCUGGAGAGAGAGGGGAGAAAGAAGUCAAAGCAUAGGGUAGGGCAGUGUGAGCAGGACCAGCGGUGUCAUUUGACUUAAUGAAUGAGGAUUGGAUGUCGUCAACCUUCUUUUCAAAAUGGUUGACGAAGUCAUCCACAGAGGGGGAGGAGGAGGAGGAUUCAGGAGGGAGGAGAAGGUGGCAAAGAGAUUCCUAGGGUUAGAGGCAGAGGCUUGAAAUUUAGUGUGGUAGAAAGUGGCUUUAGCAGCAGAAAUAGAGGAAGAAAAUGUAGAGAGGAGGGAGUGAAAAGAUGCCAGGUCCGCAGGGAGUCCAGUUUUCCUCCAUUUCCGCUCGGCUGCCCGGAGCCCUGUUCUGUGAGCUCGCAAUGAGUCGUCAAGCCACGGAGCAGGAGGGGAGGACCGAGCCGGCCGGGAGGAUAGGGGACAUGGAGAGUCAAAGAAUGCAGAAAGGGAGGAGAGGAGGGUUGAGGAGGCAGAUUCAGGAGAUCGGAGGGAGAAGGAUUUAGCAGAGGGAAGAGAUGAUAGGAUGGAAGAGGAGAGAGUAGCGGGAGAGAGAGAGCGAAGGUUGCGACUGCACGUUACCAUCUGAGUAGGGGCAGAGUGAGUAGUGUUGGAGGAGAGAAAAGGAUACAAAGUAGUGGUCGGAGACUUGGAGGGGAGUUGCAGUGAGAUUAGUAGAACAACAGCAUCUGGUAAAGAUGAAGUCAAGCGUAUUGCCUGCCUUGUGAGUAGGGGGGGACGGUGAGAGGGUGAGGUCAAAAGAGGAAAGGAGUAGAAAGAAGGAGAAAGAGAGAAAUUGGUCAAAGGCAGACGUAGGGAGGUUAAAGUCAGAACUGUGAGGGGGGAGCCAUCCUCAGGAAAGGAACAUAUCAAGGCGUCAAGCUCAUUGAUGAACUCUCCAAGGGAACCUGGAGGGCGAUAAAUUACAAGGAUGUUAAGCUUGAAUGGGCUAGUGACUGACAGCAUGGAAUUCAAAUGAGGAGAUAGACAGAUGGGUCAGGGGAAAAAGAGAGAAUGUCCACUUUGGAGAGAUGAGGAUUCCUGUGCCACCGCCGCGCUGACCAGAUGCUCUCGGGGUAUGCGAGAACACAUGAUCAGACGAGGAAAGAGCAGUAGGGGUAGCAGUGUUUUCUGAUCUAAUCCAUGUUUCCGUCAGCGCCAAGAAGUCGAGGGACUGGAGGGUAGCAUAGGCUGAGAUGAACUCUGCCUUGUUGGCCGCAGAACGGCAGAUUUCCAGAGGCUGCCGGAGACCUGGAACUCCACGUGGGUCGUGCGCGCAGGGACCACCAGAUUAGAGUGGCAGCAGCCACGCGGUGUGAAGCGUUUGUAUGACCUGUGCAGAGUGGAGAGAACUGGGAUAGACAGACACAUAGUUGACAGGCUACAGAAAAGGCUACAAUAAUGCAAAAGAGAUCGGAAUAAAAUUAACUAAACAUCUGGGGAAGCGAGAGAGCGGGGCCUCCCUCACUUACCUUUCACUGAAACACUCAAAUAUAACAAUAGAAUACAAUAGAAAAGUUACAAUAAAUAUUUUACUUUUCAGUUUAUUAAAAAGUCAUUGAAAAUAUAUUGCCUUUUUUCGAUUAUUGAAUUGUAAUUUUAGUUUACUUCCUGAAUUGACUGUGAGUGCGCGUGUGUGCAAUGCUUGGGUGUGUGUGCUUAUCUGUGUGUGUUGAGGUAAUGUGAUCAAUGUUAUGGUGUGUAGGCUUGGGCAGUAUCCAGAUUGUCACACCUUCAUACCGAACUUCUGCCAUACCUGGAUAUUCGGUAAUACCGGCACUGAACACAAGGGGCACUGUUUUCAAACAAUAUAAUAAUAAUAAUAAUAUGCCAUUUAGCAGACGCUUUUAUCCAAAGCGACUUACAGUCAUGCGUGCAUACAUUUUUUUUUUGUGUAUGGGUGGUCCCGGGGAUCAAACCCACUACCUUGGCGUUACAAGCGCCGUGCUCUACCAGCUGAGCUACAGAGAACCACAAACCCCACUGAUACUCUGUAAUCUGAACUUUAGCAAUGCUAACAACUACAUGUAAAAUCCUAUAGAGAAUGCUAACGAAAUGCUAAUGAGUGCAUUGUGAACAUUUUGUACAGUAUUAGACCUAAACUAUACAAGUGACUCAAAGUGCUACUCAGAGUUUUCUGCAUGCGCAAAAAAAAAUAUUAGCCAGCAAGGCUCUUGGUCCAGAAGGAGAUUCUCUGCUGUUACCAAGCGAAUGCUUGAUUUUGGAAGAAGCUAACCACGUAGCAAGAUAGCUAACUAGCUACUAAAUUAGCAAACCAAAUGCACAACUGCAGAGCAUUUAACACAUUUUAGACAGUUAAUAGUUAUAAGACAGCUAGCUGGAAAACAUUUAGUUGUGAAUUCCAUACUGAGCGUGACGUAUGUUGUUGAACGCUGAAAGCUGAACAAGGUUUAUUGUUUUUGUAAAGCUGACAGUGUUUUUAUAUAAAUAAAUAAAUAAAUAAAUAGGUCAUUUAGCAGACGCUCUUAUCCAGAGCCACUUACAGGAGCAAUUAGGGUUAAGUGCCUUGCUCAAGGGCACAUCGACAGAUUUUUCACCUAGUCGGCUCAGGGAUUAGAACCAGCGACCUUUCGGUUACUGGCACAACGCUCUUACCCACUAAGCUAUAUACUUUUAUUUUAUUACUGCGGCUCUUUUGGGCUUAGUUGCUGUGAGCGCUGCCGUCUGUCCUGUCUGAUCCUGCCAGAUUCCGCAUAGGGGGAGAGACACGGAAGCCCAGCUAGCCUAGCUUAGCUAUUGAACAUUUCCAGCGCUGCAGGAGCUGUGUUUAUUUUGCUUUGUUCCGGGACAUUGUGGACCGCGCUGACUUUCAAUAUAGCAACUGCUUGCUUGCAGAGGACUACGGGGCAAAGUGGCUACUCUUAGCAAGCAAGUAGCAAACCUACACAAGCUACUGGGGAAUCCACGCCCGCCUACUUUUCAUUUUUCUUCCACCCCAGUAGCCGGACGCCGCUCUGGUCUGGUGGAAGUGUCGCCGCCGUGUCGGCUCUCCACAGCCGACUGGCCGGUGCUAAAGCAGGGAUCCAUCCCCGAAGGGGUGUCCCCCUUCCCUGGAGAACGGAGCUGUUCUCGACCCAACCAACCAGCCAUGGAGAUAAGUCACUCGCCGUGGAAAUCGAAGACUGAUAUCACUUUUGCCUUAUGGCAAGGUGCUCCAUCAUGCUAGAAAAGGCAUUGUUCGUCACCAAACUGUUCUUGGAUGGUUGGGAGAAGUUGCUCUCGGAGGAUGUGUUGGUACCAUUCUUUAUUCAUGGCUGUGUUCUUAGGCAAAAAUGUGAGUGAGCCCACUCCCUUGGCUGAGAAGCAACCCCACACAUGAAUGGUCUCAGGAUGCUUUACUGUUGGCAUGACAAAGGACUGAUGGUAGCGCUCACCUUGUCUUCUCCGGACAAGAAGUUUUCCGGAUGCCCCAAACCAUCGGAAAGGGGAUUCAUCAGAGAAAAUGACUUUACCCUAAUCCUCAGCAGUCCAAUCCCUGUACCUUUUGCAGAAUAUCAGUCUGUCCCUGAUGUUUUUCCUGGAGAGAAGUGGCUUAUUUGCUGCCCUUCUUGACACCAGGCCAUCCUCCAAAAGUCUUCGCCUCACUGUGCGUGCAGAUGCACUCACACCUGCCUGCUGCCAUUCCUGAGCAAGCUCUGCACUGGUGGUGCCCCGAUCUCGGAGCUGAAUCAACUUUAGGAGACGGUCCUGGCGCUUGCUGGACUUUCUUGGGCGCCCUGAAGCCUUCUUCACAACAAUUGAACCUCUCUCCUUGAAGUUCUUGAUGAUCCGAUAAAUGGUUGAUUUAGGUGCAAUCUUACUAGCAGCAAUAUCCUUGCCUGUGAAGUCCUUUUUGUGCAAAGCAAUGAUGACGGCACGUGUUUCCUUGCACGUAACCAUGGUUAACAGAGGAAGAACAAUGAUUUCAAGCACCACCCUCCUUUUAAAGCUUCCAGUCUGUUAUUCUAACUCAAUCAGCAUGACAGAGUGAUCUCCAGCCUUGUCCUCGUCAACACUCUCACCUGUGUUAACGAGAGAAUCACUGACAUGAUGUCAGCUGGUCCUUUUGUGGCAGGGCUGAAAUGCAGUGGAAAUGUUUUUUGGGGAUUAAGUUCAUUUUCAUGGCAAAUUUAUAUUUGUGUAAUUCUCAAAACUUUUGAAAUAACUGCAACACUUGAGCUGUAGUUAGUUUCAGAAUGGGUGGCAAGGAAUAAGUUAGUCCUAAUUAUUUCCAAAACUAAAAGCAUUGUAUUUGGGACAAAUCAUUCACUAAACCCUAAACCUCAACUACAUCUCGUAAUGAAUAAUGUGGAAAUUGAGCAAGUUGAGGUGACUAAACUGCUUGGAGUAACCCUGGAUUGUAAACUGUCAUCGUCAAAACAUUGAUACAACAGUAGCUAAGAUGGGGAGAAGUCUGUCCAUAACAAAGCGCUACUCUGCCUUCUUAACAACACUAUCAACAAGGCAGGUCAGUAGUGUGGUCAGGUGCCACAAAGAGGGACUUGGGGAAAUUGCAGUCGGUUCAGAACAGGGAGCACGGCUGGCCCUUAAAAGUACACGGAGAGCUAACAUUAAUGACAUGCAUGUCAAUCUCUCAUGGCUUAAAGUGAAAGAGAGAUUGACUUCAUCACUACUUGUUUUUGUAAGCAGUGUUGACAAGCUGAAUGUACCGAGCUGUCUGUUUUUAAAAUACUAGCGCACAGCUCGGACACCCAUGCCUACCCCACAAGACAUGCCACCAGAGGUCUCUUUACAGUCCCCAAGUCCAGAACAGACUAUGGGAGGCGCACAGUACUACAUAGAGCCAUGGACUACAUGGAACUCUAUUCUACAUCAGGUAACUGAUGCAAGCAGUAGAAUCAGAUUUUUUAAAAAUUAAACAGGCACAAAUACACCUUAUGGAACAACGACGACUGUGAAGACACACACACACACACACACACACACACACACACACACAGGUACAGACACAUGCAUACGCACACAUUGUGAUAUUGUUGUAUGGUGGUAUUAAACAUGUUGUAUUGUAGUUGUGAUAUGAUGUGCUGUUUUAUCUUUUGUUUUAAAUGUAAUGUAAGUGCAGCUAAUGGGGAUCCCUUAUAAAUACAAAUACUGUAACUAGAUCACCUGGCGCAUGCUGCCCAACAGUGAGUGACUCACAAGGCUCCGGUCUCUCGUCAUGGUGUGCUUGUAAACAAACCCUAAGCUUCAUAAUAAUGUGCCAGGUGAAAUGUAGAAGGCAAUCUUCUUUAUCUCCUAAAGCAUUGCACAAGUUGACUGCAGGCAUUUACUUAAGUAUCUACAAAUAUUCAAAUGUAUUAAAAAUAAUUCAAAGACAUAGUUUCAACGGUUUUGACUGUAUUGGAAAAACCAUCCCAAGGCUAUUUCCAAAUACCACGGUAUACGGUAUAUACUGCCCAAGCCUAGUGGUGUGUGUCCUCUGUGAUGGAUGACGGGGCAAGCCCCCACUACAGGAGAGAUAAUAGGAGAUCAACAUGGCGGCCAGCGGGGGUCCAUCCAGACCAGGGACCACUCUGUCUUCCGUCUGGGGAGGGUGGGCUGUCUGUGUCUGUCUGAUCACCUUGAUGGAGUGACGGUGGAUCUGGAGAUGGGAGAGAGUUCCUCUGUCUAAAUAAAGCAGGUUUCUCUCUUUCCUGUGUGGGGCUGAAGGAAUGUAAAUGAAUAAAUGAUUGAAUGGGACCCAUAUGGAGAAACAUCCAUCUUGGGCUUUCUGUCUUUUAUUCAUAAUUCUCCCACUGUCGCUGCUGUGACGCUUCAGUUUCCUCUUAACAGGUGUAUGUCUCUCCCUUUCUCUCUCCUUUCUCCCUCCCUCUCUCCCUCCCUCCCUCCCUCCCUCCCUCUCUCUCUCCAGCCUGCCACAGGACUCAUCGACUAUGACCAGCUGGAGAUGACUGCCCGUCUCUUCCGGCCCAAGUUGAUCAUUGCAGGCACCAGCGCCUACGCUCGCCUCAUUGACUACGCUCGCAUCAAGAAGGUACAGACAUUUUCUCCCUCCAUCUCUGACUACCUACCUCCCUACCCCUCUUCACCUUCUACUUGUCCUUCUCUUCCCCCUGCAGUAUCUCCUUUGUGAGUCUGAAGGCACUUCUAUUUUUCUUUAGGCCUAUAGUACAGUAGCUACAUUCUGCUUUUUAAGGCGUUACCCAAAUUGCACCAUAUGCCCUAUAUAGUGCACUACUUUUGACCAAGGCACAUAGGGCUCUGGUCAAAAGUAGUGCACUAUAAAGGGAAUGGGGUGCCAUUUGGUACGCAACCUAACACUCCCAAGAUGGCUACCGCUGACCUGAUUUUAUAUCUGAUGUAAUCAAGGGGAGAGAAUUAGGAUUCUGCAUAUUUAAUGAGAUCUCUAUAUAGCUGCUUUAUGACUGUGAUCCUUUGCCAAGGAACCAUUUACACGUUAUCUGACUGUUUUGGUGCUUUAUCAGAAAGAGUUGACAGGGAGCGGCAACGCACCAUUAAAGAUGGCAUUCUGUAUCUUUUCUGGUUUAGAAAGCCCGUACAGGAUAGCCACUCUUUUGUCAUGAAAAGUGUACAGCCUUAUCAAAACUCAAAUUAAUUGUAUCCUUGUUUCAAUGCGUGUUAUGUUUUCAGUAAUAUAAACAGUAUUUUCUUUCGUUGUGGUGCUGGGAAUAAAAAGCCCCAAUCCUUAGUGCAAGUAAGCCUUGUUCGAGACAGAACGGCCCAUAGGGGCAGGAGCCAGAACGGCCCAUAGGGGCAGGAGACAGAACGGCCCAUAGGGGCAGGAGACAGAACGGCCCAUAGGGGCAGGAGACAGAGCGGCCCAUAGGGGCAGGAGACAGAGCGGCCCAUAGGGGCAGGAGACAGAGCGGCCCAUAGGGGCAGGAGACAGAACGGCCCAUAGGGGCAGGAGACAGAACGGCCCAUAGGGGCAGGAGACAGAACGGCCCAUAGGGGCAGGAGACAGAACGGCCCAUAGGGGCAGGAGACAGAACGGCCCAUAGGGGCAGGAGACAGAACGGCCCAUAGGGGCAGGAGCCUGUGUCCGAAAUCUGUCUCGCCUCCUACUUACUAAAACUACAUACUGUGUACUAAUGGUAGUACAUACUGUUUAGAACGCACUGUUUAGUAAAAAAAAAAUGCAGGAAGCAACGAAUAUCAACAUACUACUCAUCCAUACUGAGAUGGCGUACUAUAAUGCACAAUCGUGCGUGUUCCCGAUCAUUUUGGUGACCCCUAUUCUGGUUUAUCAGCUGUUGUCACGUGAGUGUGAAAAGACGAUUCUCUUCCUCAAUAGUGCGCGGUGAAUUCUACUAGAUGAAAAGCCAAAAUGAGUGACUUCCUGGCAUUUUAAGGCAUUCUCAAUUUUCAAAAUUUCACAUACUAUUAAACGUUCUAUUUUCACAUACCCCAAAAGCCUACUAUUUAGAACGCAAGGACAUGGCCUAUCUCCUGUUUCUGUAGUGUGAGGCAGCUUGAUGUUCAAGUACUCUCGCUGGAAAGGACGCUAGUCUGUGGCAGUCCUUAGUGAUGAAUUAUAAAAUGGCUCCUGAUCUGUAAACCUAUUUACCACUUUCUGCAUGUUUGUCUCUUCUCUCCCUGUUUAUUCAGUUGUGUACGGAGGUGAAGGCCUACCUGCUGGCUGACAUGGCCCACAUCAGUGGCCUGGUGGCUGCGAAGGCUGUCCCCUCUCCGUUCAAGUACGCUGACAUGGUCACCUCCACAACACACAAGUCCCUCCGAGGAGCCAGGUACGUGCUUGUUGGGGAGAGAUUAGUCCCCUGUAGCUCAGUUGGUAGAGCAUGGCGCUUGCAACGCCAGGGUUGUGGGUUCGUUUCCCACGGUGGGCCAGUAUGAAAAAUGUAUGCACUCACUAACUGUAAGUCGCUCUGGAUAAGAGAUUGGAUUAGCAGAAAGGAAAAAAAUGUAGAAGCUAAUCUGAACAUUAUUGCACGUGUAGAUGAUCAUUGUAGUUUACCUAAUGAAUUGAAUUAAAUUAAAGCGAAAUCUGGAAAGUAGAGAAUGAACAUAUUUGUGGACAAAAGGAAAGGGGUUCUAUUCAACUUACAGUUUACAGUUUAGUCAUUUAGCAGACGCUCUCAUCCAGAGCCACUUCCAGUUAGUUAGUGUAUACAUUUUAUUUCAUACUGGCCCCCCGUGGGAAUCGAACCCACAACCCUGGCGUUGCAAACGCCAUGCUCUACCAACUGAGCUACACGGGGCCACUUCUCCUGCAGUGUGCACUUUUUUUUUAUUAGGUCUGUUUGUCCAUGAAGGUGUUGUUGAGUUGCAAAUGUCUUAGCUUAAACUCCAGACAGACCUGUCCGAAUAUCUCUCUCUCUCUCCUCCAGGGCUGGUCUGAUCUUCUACCGUAAGGGCGUGCGUUCUGUGGACAAGAAGGGGAAGGAGAUCCAUUAUGACCUUGAGGACAGGAUCAACUUCGCUGUGUUCCCCUCUCUGCAGGGGGGACCCCACAACCACGCCAUCGCUGGGGUGGCCGUCGCACUCAAACAGGUACCUUGUCUCUCUCUCUCUCUCACCAUAAAUCCAUAACUCCACACCCCGUCUCUGUGGCUGUAUCUCUACCUACAUGUACAUAUUACCUGGACUAACCUGUGCCCCCGCACACUGACUCUGUACCGGUACCCCCUGUAUAUAGCCUCCUUAUGACUAACCUGUGCCCCCGCACACUGACUCUGUUCCGGUACCCCCUGUAUAUAGCCUCCCUACUGUUAUUUUACUGCUGCUCUUUAAAAAAAAUUAUUUAAAUGUUUUACUUAUCUAUUUUUUAUUUAACACUUAUUUUUCUUAAAACUGCAUUGUUGGUUAAGGGCUUGUAAGUCAGCAUUUCACCUGUUGUAUUCGGCGCAUGUGACAAAUACAUUUUUGAUUUGAUUUGCACCCCCCAAUUCUUCACUCUUCUCCCAAAGUGUGCACUGACACUCACACUUUUCCCUCUGUGUUUCUUUAGGCACAGACGCCGAUGUUCAGAGAAUACAUCGGCCAGGUGAUGCGGAACUCCAAGGCCAUGGCUGAAGCCCUACUGGGCAAAGGAUACACCCUGGUGUCAGGUACUAAUCCACCGCACACCAUCACUUUACUUUGCGCUUUCUAACCAAUUACCUGGUGACUGUUUUUUUUCGCUCAGGAGGUAUCUCAUCAAAAAUGUGGAAAGCGCUCACGUAAACAAAGAAAUGGUAUGCUCAGUAAACGAAUGUUUCCCCCUCAGGGGGGACGGAGAACCACUUGGUGCUGGUGGACCUGAGGCCUAAGGGCAUCGACGGAGCCAGAGCAGAGAGGGUUUUAGAGCUGGUGUCCAUCACAGCCAACAAGAACACCUGCCCUGGGGACAAGAGUGCUCUGGCGCCUGGGGGCCUCAGGCUAGGUGGGUCACUCACUGUCUGGAGCACUUGGCCCAGAAUAUAACACCUGAGUGUGUGUGUGUGAUGUACAGGCUGGAACCCUGUUUUACCACAUAUAGAACACCUCAGGCUGGAACCCUGUUUUACCACAUAUAGAACACCUCAGGCUGGAACCCUGUUUUACCACAUAUAGAACACCUCAGGCUGGAACCCUGUUUUACCAACAUAUAGAACACCUCAGGCUGGAACCCUGUUUUACCACAUAAGAACACCUCAGGGCUUGGAACCCUGUGGUUUACCACAUAUAGAACACCUCAGGCUGGAACCCUGUUUUACCACAUAUAGAACACCUCAUGCUGGAACCCUGUUUUACCACAUAUAGAACACCUCAGGCUGGAACCCUGUUUUACCACAUAUAGAAACACCUCAGGCUGGAACCCUGUUUUUACCAAUAUAGAACACCUCAGGCUGGAACCCUGUUUACCACAUAUAGAACACCUCAGGCCUGGAACCCUGUUUUUACCACAUAUAGAACACCUCAGGCUGGAACCCUGUUUUACCACAUAUAGAACACCUCAGGCUGGAACCCUGUUUUACCACAUAUAGAACACCUCAGGCUGGAACCCUGUUUUACCACAUAUAGAACACCUCAGACCUCAGGCUGGAACCCUGUUUUACCACAUAUAGAACACCUCAGGCUGGAACCCUGUUCUACCACAUAUAGAACACCUCAGGCUGGAACCCUGUUUUACCACAUAUAGAACACCUCAGGCUGGAACCCUGUUUUACCACAUAUAGAACACCUCAGGCUGGAACCCUGUUUUACCACAUAUAGAACACCUCAGGCUGGAACCCUGUUUUACCACAUAUAGAACACCUCAGGCUGGAACCCUGUUUUACCACAUAUAGAACACCUCAGACCUCAGGCUGGAACCCUGUUUUACCACAUAUAGAACACCUCAGGCUGGAACCCUGUUUUACCACAUAUAGAACACCUCAGGCUGGAACCCUGUUUUACCACAUAUAGAACACCUCAGACCUCAGGCUGGAACCCUGUUUUACCACAUAUAGAACACCUCAGGCUGGAACCCUGUUUUACCACAUAUAGAACACCUCAGGCUGGAACCCUGUUUUACCACAUAUAGAACACCUCAGGCUGGAACCCUGUUUUUACCACAUAUAGAACACCUCAGGCUGGAACCCUGUUUUACCACAUAUAGAACACCUCAGGCUGGAACCCUGUUUUACCACAUAUAGAACACCUCAGGCUGGAACCCUGUUUUACCACAUAUAGAACACCUCAGGCUGGAACCCUGUUUUACCACAUAUAGAACACCUCAGGCUGGAACCCUGUUUUUACCACAUAUAGAACACCUCAGGCUGGAACCCUGUUUUACCACAUAUAGAACACCUCAGACCUCAGGCUGGAACCCUGUUUUACCACAUAUAGAACACCUCAGGCUGGAACCCUGUUUUACCACAUAUAGAACACCUCAGGCUGGAACCCUGUUUUACCACAUAUAGAACACCUCAGGCUGGAACCCUGUUUUACCACAUAUAGAACACCUCAGACCUCAGGCUGGAACCCUGUUUUACCACAUAUAGAACACCUCAGGCUGGAACCCUGUUUUAUCACAUAUAGAACACCUCAGACCUCAGGCUGGAACCCUGUUUUACCACAUAUAGAACACCUCAGGCUGGAACCCUGUUUUACCACAUAUAGAACACCUCAGGCUGGAACCCUGUUUUACCACAUAUAGAACACCUCAGGCUGGAACCCUGUUUUACCACAUAUAGAACACCUCAGGCUGGAACCCUGUUUUAUCACAUAUAGAACACCUCAGGCUGGAACCCUGUUUUACCACAUAUAGAACACCUCAGACCUCAGGCUGGAACCCUGUUUUACCACAUAUAGAACACCUCAGGCUGGAACCCUGUUUUACCACAUAUAGAACACCUCAGGCUGGAACCCUGUUUUACCACAUAUAGAACACCUCAGGCUGGAACCCUGUUUUACCACAUAUAGAACACCUCAGGCUGGAACCCUGUUUUACCACAUAUAGAACACCUCAGGCUGGAACCCUGUUUUACCACAUAUAGAACACCUCAGGCUGGAACCCUGUUUUACCACAUAUAGAACACCUCAGGCUGGAACCCUGUUUUAUCACAUAUAGAACACCUCAGGCUGGAACCCUGUUUUACCACAUAUAGAACACCUCAGGCUGGAACCCUGUUUUAUUAUUCAGAAUAUAAUGGCAACACAUGCUCAGUGUUUUGAACUAUUAGUUUAUUUUAUUUAUUUAGCACUACUAAAAGAACCAAAUGCUGCUUUAAUGUUUGUCAGGACGUAAAAAUAAAAGCGGUCCAAGAAUCAAUCUCUGUGGAACGCCACAUUUUAUGAAUAUAAUCAAAUCUAUCCGGAGUAAACGUUAACCCUGAAUUACCAUGCAUAUAACACCUGAGCUUUCUGUGUCCCUGGUUAUCACUGACAUGCUCCUCCUAUUCCUAACUCCCAGGUGCCCCGGCGCUGACCUCCAGACAGUUCAAGGAGACAGACUUUGUCAAGGUGGUGGAGUUUAUGGAUGAAGGCUUCAAGAUCGCCCUGGACGUCAAGAAGAAGACUGGUGAGUUAAUCUCUUUUACCAGCUGUGUGUACUUAAUCAGUUAACCUAAUCAGUCAAGCCUUUUCUGCAUCCCAAAUGCCAACCCAUUACCUUCAUUGCACACUACUUUUGACCAGAGCCCUAUUCGCCCUGGUGCCAUUUGGGACGGGCCUAAGUCUGUGUGUUUGUACAUUCUGAUGGUGUCCAUGAUGCCGGAAACUUUGUUUUAAAUCUAAAGUCAGGUUUUUUUCUUAUCACAGUUCCUCCAUCUCCUGUAGUGAUCUGGAAGAAGUGCCAGUUAAAUUCAUUAGCUAACCCAAAGAGUGACUCAGUCAAGAAAAUGUAAGCCAUUGGCGUUAAAAUACAGGAAGUGACACAAAAGCUGAAAACAUCUACUGUCUUCUCUCCAGGGAAACUUGCAGACUUUAAGAACUUCUUGUUGGAGGAUCCAGAGACAGUGGCCCGCAUGGCAGAGCUGAGGAAACGAGUGGAGGCCUUCGCACGGCCCUUCCCCAUGCCCGGCUUCGAGGAUCACUAGACCCUCCACACACAGAGAGAGAGAAGCAGCUCUGUUCCAAUAUCCAACACAAGCAUACUACUUAGAAUGAAGCAGCAAUGUAUUUGGAUGUGAGUUUUAAGUGGUAGGCUAUUAUGGACAUUGGAACUUGGUGGUGGUCAGUGAUUGGAGUCAGACUCGGCGGAACCUCGCAGACUUAUCCAAACAGAUGGGAGACCUUGGUUAAUCCUUUGAUGUCAUCUGUUGACCUCUGACCUAACGUGAGGGUAAUUCUGUAGCUUGUAAUCCCUUUUGGACGUUUCUACUCUGUAUGUUUACACACAAAAAAAAUCAUUAUUUUCCAAGUGUUAUUUUCUGCAUGUUUUAACAUUGUAGUGUAGAAGAAAGAGCUCAACGUCACCCCUGAGAGAAAUCAGUCAUCUAAUCUUAAACUCCCCUGUGACAUUGGCUGUCACCGCAAAGGGUAGUGACUUGGAUAACAUUUAUUUGAAGCACAAAGUCUUAAGCUGUAAAUUUAACACAUUGUCUUAACUUGGUGGCUAGAUGUUCAUGAUUUGAGAUUUGAUAAUACACGUCUGUCGUACUACCCUAUACUGUUGUAAAUGUGUGUGUAACCAACUCCAUUCAAAUUCAUCUGAAGCAGACCUGGGCCCCAAAUCCUAUUUUAAAAUCGUUCAAAUAUUUUGCGUCUUUGCUCUAGCCUGCCUACAGCGCCAGAUAGGGUUUGCAGUUUUGUGACGGUUCUAUUGUUCCAUGACGUAAGGCAAGAUUAAUCAAGCACAGAUAAAGUAUAUAAUAAUAUAUUUUUUCAUUGAACCCAAGUCAGAUCUGAAGUCAAGGGGUCCGACGCCAGAGGUCGGGGUUGACUGGUGAACUCUAUAACAGGACAGUUCCCCUGUUGUUAAACCGUCUACGUAUAUCAGACCAGAGCCUCACUAUCCUUCUACA